GCCACUUCAGCCACCGCCAGCAUGCCCCUCCUCGUCAUCCUAGGCAUCAACGGCCGCCAGGGAACCUCCGUCGCGAACGCCUUCCUCUCCAUUCCCGGUUGGACCAUCAGAGGUCUCACGAGUUUACCCAGCUGCGAACGCAGCCGGCAAUGGCUCGCUCGCGGCGUCGAAAUCGUCCAAGUCGACCUCAUGUCCGAACUCAGCAUCCGCACCGCCUUUGCAAACGCAACCGCGAUAUUCGCCGUAACCGACUAUUAUGCCACUUUCCAUAAUCCGUCAACACGCAUUGUCGCCUCGGUCCAUGGAACGACCGUAGCAGACUUUGCAUUCCAUAUCGAAAAGCGCAUCGGGUACAGCAUCCUCGAGGCAGCUGCGGACGUAGAUUCGCUCGAGAGGUUUGUCUGGAGCACGCUUCCGUACAUGCCCGAGAGGCAGGCACCGAAUAAGCGGGGCCAUCGUAUGGUGAUGAGUCGGUGGGAAACGGCGGCAUAUGCGAGGUAUUUUCCGGAGUUGGCGGCGAAGACGAGUUUUUUGAAGCCGGGGCUGAGGAUGGAGGAUUAUGGGGUGGUGUUGAAGGAGAGCGAAGACGGAGCGUUUACGUUUGGGACGACGGCCCCGGCGAAUUCGAGGCUACCUUGGACAUGUGUUGCGAACGACGUUGGCAUGUUCGUCCGCACCCUCAUCCUCAACCUGCCCCCGCGUCAAGACCUCGCCGCGCUCUCCCAAUGGCUCUCCGGUACCGAAAUCUGCACCCUAUUCACAGCGAUCUCCGGCAUAACGUGCACCUACCAACAAUUCACACACGUAGAAAUGGAAGCCCUCUUUCCAACCGGCCACAUCUUUGCCGACAUCCUCAACUACACGAAAAACUUCCAGUACUACGAGCCAGUUGUGGGAGGGUAG